UCCCCGCAGAUCAAGGGCUUGGAGUGGCUGGUGUCCUUGUACAACAACAACCUGAACGGCAUCCUGGCGGACGAGAUGGGCCUGGGCAAAACGAUCCAGACCAUCGCUUUAAUCACAUACCUCAUGGAGCACAAGCGGAUCAACGGCCCCUUCCUCAUCAUAGUACCUCUCUCAACCCUGUCGAAUUGGGCGUACGAGUUUGACAAGUGGGCUCCUUCUGUGGUGAAGGUCUCCUACAAGGCAAGUAGAGGCUUUGUUUUUCCCCCCUGGCGGGACGACGUUGCCGUUAUCCGGAGGGACCUGGGACGCUUCCCCGGCCCCGGAAAACGAGUCCCCUUCCUGGCUUUUGUUCCUUGGUGCCAGAAGGGAUCCAGCUGCACACACGGGGCCGCCUGA